CAUGCUAACUGGCAACAAGGUAGAGUCGAUUCUAAUGUGGAUGGUCAUGCUAACACUGGGAUAAAAAAACAACCAAAGCAGUGUGUUUCAGUGUUUAAUUGUUAUUAUCGUAAAGCGAGGCUGUUGAACACUUUGUUGGCAGUUUGAUAAGACGGACAUUUUUGCUCCUAAGUGCGUUUCUGGUUGCGGCUUUGUUAAUUCCCGUAGUUAGCUAGCUAGUUAGCGUGGCUAACAUAGAACAGAGGAUAAGUGAUAAAAGUCCCUUGUUUUUAGCUGUAGCAGUUUUCUUUUACGGGGCACAGCUGAAAUGUGGAUCGUCUGAGUGUUCAAACAUAAGGAGUCAAUGGGGAAAAGGAAAGACAUGAUUCAUCCCAGGUUUCUUGCAGGGGAUGAAGAUGACUACAGUGCACACAGGAAGAAACACAAGAAGCAUAAAAAACAUAAAAAGAAGCAUCAUCGCGAUGAUGGGCACAGCUUCUCCUCAGAGGCUCUGGAGUCAGACUCUGGCAUCAUGCUUAAACCUCCACAGCUGAAGCUGAAAAUCAAACUGGGCGGGCAAACACUGGGCACCAAGAGUGUGCCCACAUUUACGGUGGUUCCAGAGGCUCUGAGUUCGCUGUCUCCUCUGAUUGUGGACAGUGAUGAAGAUGAUGAAGAUGAUGAUGACGAAGACGAUGAUGAGCCCUCAGAGGGAGUGCCCAUUGAGCAGUACCGAGCAUGGCUGGAUGAAGACAGUAACUUGGAUCCUUCCCCUCUACCGGACAUGGACACAGAUUCAUUUGUAGAAGGUCCCAUGGAUGAGGAGGAGAAGUGGCUUGACGCGCUGGAGAAAGGAGAACUAGAUGAUAAUGGAGAGCUCAAGAAAGAGAUAGAUGAGUCUCUUCUGACUGCCAGACAGAAAGCACUCUUGCACAAGCAGCAGAGCCAGCCUUUGCUGGAGUUGCCAAUGGGCUACAAAGAGAAGGAAAUGACGGCUGAGAUGCUGCAGAAGCGUGAGGAACGUGCCCGCAAGAGACGCCUUCAGGCUGCUAAAAAGGCUGAAGAGAACAAGAACCAGACUAUUGAGAGGCUCACCAAGACCAGCAAGGCCAAAAUCAAGAGCAUGAAAGAGCGAAAGUCCAAGCAGACUCAGGUGCCUAUGGUUCGGUACUCAGACACUGCCCAGGGGGCAGCUAUCUCUUACCCUGUUGGGGUACCUGCUCCAGCCUCUGACCCUCCACGGCCAUGCCCUCCAGCUCCAGUGAGCUGUGGCGUCUUUGGAUGCACCAAUCUGAAAAAAUAUUCCUGCUCCAAAACAGGCAUUCCACUCUGUAGUUUGGACUGCUACAAGAAGAACUUGUUGCUUGUGGAGAGUGCCGCCUGAGGAACUUACAGACCCCUGAAGUUGUGUGUUAUUCUGUAGUCAUCAUCAUGCUGGUGUUAGGAUCUCUGGGUCUGUGCUGGUUUUGUCUAUGGUGAAAGUGAAUGGCUGACCAUCCUGUGGUCAACAGAAAUGUUCCAAACCUCAUGCAGUUUGCCCUGUGUACAUUUCCCUCUAGAAUUUUGCUGGAUCAUGUGCAUUGUGUGAUCAUUUAGCAGUAAAAAUAGGAAUAAUGCUACAUACAUGCUAAAAGUAAGCUGCCAAAUCUUGUUUGGGGGUAUUUUGGUGAGGUUGCCAGUCAUAUGUCAGUUCAGUUUGCAGCAGUGUUAGCUUGCAUGUAUUGCAUGUAGCAGUGUUCAUAUUGCGACUCUUAAGCUCAUAAUUCACAGGAAAAUUGUAUUUAUGGCAAAAUGUAUCAAAUUUUGAACAUCUUUGGUUACCACAGGGAGCAAGUGAACCUUGAUUUUUUUUUUUUUUUUUUGAUUUUGCUCAAAUUCAAAUAAUAAACCAACAGAAUAUAACACUGAUAACUGUUCUAUUAACUUACUAUUAGAAGUUCAAUGAACUAAGGCAGACAAGUAAUUUAGUCUUUAAGUUUUUCUCCAGUGUAACAGCAUAUCACACAUGACAUGACUUAGUUUCCACAAACUAUGCUGAGCACUAUUUUUCAGAUAGUGAAUAAUUAUAGAUGGCAUGGACUGUAAGAGAGCAUUGGAGAAUUUCUUUAUGCUUUGUCAAAAUUGGAGAUUGCUCACCAACCCUGGUCCUGGAGAUUUAUCUUGCUCUACAGUCUAAUUGCAACCACAGUCUGCCACACCUCCUCCAGCUAAUGAACUGCUUCAGAAGCCCUCUGUUGGCUGGAUCAGAUACAUUAGUAAGAGAGUAAAGUUCUUACCUUAUUUAGUUCUUGGCCUGUUUUGUUUUGGGGUCUGUUCCUCCAAGCCAUCUUUCUGAAUUAUCUGGCUACUGCUGGCAGACGUGGUCAUGCAAUGCUUUCUCAAACUGUAAUUUAUUAAUCUUAUUUCUUCCUUUCUUAUUUUUAACCUAACCGCUUAUGAGAUUUUAAAUUUCUAACUUGUUAGCCGGCAAGAAGAAACUGGACUCUGAUCUAGGAUCGACUUACUUAUGUAAGUAUUCCUAUUAACCUUGUACUGGUAAAAAAAAAAAGUGUUUUAUUCAGAACACACACACUUCAGUUUCUUCUGACUCAGUUAUGUCAAAUGCCCAGAAGGAAACGUGUUGAAUCAGUGGGAAAGUGAACCUCAGGUUUAAUGUAUUUAUUUGUUGUCUGAAGAGUCACUGUGCCAAGACGUCAGUGUUCUGGCUAAUUGACUACUCAAGAUGUUUUUUGAUAUUUUUGUAAAAACACUGAAAUAAUAGAUUCUUACAAGGUCA